CCCUCCUGCAAUCAGUGAUCACAUUGGCCACCAUUUUCUCCUUUCCACUAAUCUGCAAUCACAAUGCGUCUCCUCCUACUCAUCCCAGUCUUCUCUUUCGCUCUGUUCUGCAGUUUCACUCUGAUUCAGGGGCAGCAACCUUAUAUUGGUUUGGGCACAGUAGCCUGUCGCAGAAAGGGCAAUCCAAAAUCUAUUCGUGGUUACACUUGCAACGGCGUUGCUCAUAGCUGCCAAGCCUACCUCACCUUCCGAUCUCAACCCAUUUACUACUCUGUUUCCACAAUUUCUGCCUUGCUUGGCUCUGACCCAUCUCAACUUGCUGAAAUCAACUCAGUUUCUCUGAACGCCACCUUUGCGAAAGAUCAAUUGGUGAUUGUUCCCGUCAACUGCUCCUGUGCAAGUGAUUAUUACCAGACCAACACUUCCUACACUAUCCACAGCACAGACACGUAUUUUUUGAUUGCUAACGACACUUUCCAAGGCCUCUCAACCUGUCGAGCUCUGAUUAAGGAAAACAACAUUCCUGGAGAUUUGUUUCCCGGCACAAAACUUACAGUCCCUCUUAGAUGUGCUUGUCCCACAAAAAAUCAAACUGACAAAGGCGUCAAGUACUUAUUGAGUUACUUGGUCACCUGGGGUAAUUCUGUUGCCGCCAUCAGUAAAAGAUUUGGGGCACCCACUGAUCUCACUCUCGAAUCAAAUAGCCUUUCUGCUCAAGAUUGGAUUUAUCCCUUUACCACACUUUUAGUGCCUCUUAAACACAAACCCAACAUCUCUCGAAUCGUUGUGUCUCCUCCUCCACCAUCUCCGACAUCCCCACCGUCUUCUUCUCCAUCCGGUGGCAGCACAAAUAAGACAUGGAUAUAUGCAGUGGUUGGAGCUGUCGGAGGUAUUGCCUUGAUAUCACUCCUGCUCCUUGGUAUACUUGUUUUCCGUAAACGGUAUCCUAUUCUUAGGAGCGAAAAGAAAGAUGAUUCUGCCAUAUUGUCAGAAAGUUUCGAGGCAACAGGGAAGCCAGAAGUAAAAAACGCCGGGGAAGAGUCGGAAACGUUGUCUGAGAUAAUAUCCGACAUAGCUCAGUCUUUCAAAGUGUAUGGAUUUAAGGAACUACAGCGGGCAACGGAUAAUUUUAGUUCAAACUGCUGCAUCAGAGGGGGUGUUUACCGCGGUGUGAUUAAUGGUGAUUUGGCUGCCAUUAGGAAGAUGGAUGGCGACGUGUCCAAAGAGAUAGCAAUUCUUAGCAAAGUCAACCACUCUAAUGUGAUACGCCUUUCGGGGGUCAGCUUCAGCGAGGGCCAUUGGUUCCUGGUUCAUGAGUAUGCAGCUAAUGGAUCCUUGACUGAUCGGAUCUACGUCAACAACACGGAUGGCAAGUUUUUGACUUGGAGUCAGAGAAUGCAAAUAGCAUUGGACGUGGCCACAGGACUCGACUAUCUCCAUAGUUUCAUUUCUCCUCCUCUUAUCCACAAGGAUCUCAAGAGUGAUAACAUCCUUCUGGAUGCUGAUUUGAGGGCCAAGAUUGCUAACUUGGGGCUCGCAAGGUCAGUAGAAGGCGAGGAUGAUCAGUUCCCCGUGACGAGGCAUAUUGUUGGAACAAGAGGCUAUAUGGCACCUGAGUAUCUAGAAAAUGGCAUAGUCUCAACAAAACAAGAUGUGUAUGCAUUUGGGGUUGUCAUGCUGGAAAUAUUAAGCGGAAAAGAGGUUGCUGCUGUUCAUUCAGGAGAUAAAGGGAGUUUGUCGGAUGUUUUAAGUGUGAUUCUUGAUGCGGACUGUGAAGAGGAGAAGCUGAGGGAUUUUAUGGAUCCUCGCCUGGUCGGAAAGUUUCCACUGGAACUUGCUGGGUUUGUGGUUAGAAUGAUUGAUAAUUGCUUGAGGAAAGAUCCAGCGAGUCGCCCUGCCAUGCAUGACAUUGUGUCGUCUCUCUCUGUAACGUUGAACUCUUCAUUGGCCUGGGAAAGAUCAGUGACCAUCUCAGGAGACCAGAGCUUCAGCAGAAGCUCUUAAUUUUGCACAGCCUGAAACAAGACACUAGCAACAAAAGUAUUGCUUCUAUCUACAUGUUCCAAACACACAUUUAAAUAGCCAUUUGUAUUUCUCCUACUUUUAAAUCAGUUUGUUUAUCGGAUCGAAUGUGUCAAACAAUCUGAAACCUCAAAGUUCCGGUUGUACACCCUUGUUCAUGCAAUGUGGUUUAAGCA